AUGCAGCUUUUGCGUCGAACACUUGAUGAACUGUCUACACCACUAAUCAAAGACGAGAUUAAUGAGUUCUACAGAUAUCUUUCUACGACGUACUUGAAUGACGAUGCUAAAUUCCCUCCUAGUUCAUGGGCCCUUGCAUUAUCGAUAGGAGCGAGGAAUGGUUCAAAAUUCUUGACUAAUAACAGUCUUGAAAUCAUGAACUCAUCCCUGGUGGAUCAAGGAAUCAACAAUGCGACAGAGCUAUCUACGGUCAUCUCCAUUGCUAAUGGCUUUAAAAGUGAAAGCUUCAGUACGGAAAUUGCUAAGCUUGAGAGCAACAGCCAGCAAAAAAAUGGCUCAAUCGAAGAAGCAAUUGUUUCUGUCGGCUUCGGCUUGAUGAGGGCCAGAUCAAAGGCCGAGUCAUUGAAAUCUACUCAGAAACUCCGACAUUUUAUCAACAACGCCACGCAACCAGAAACUGCUGUAUUUCAAAAUUUGAUUAAAGAAUCAACAGCUGACUCAUACCAGUUUCAAGAAGCAAUGCCUGUGAUGUCCCCAGUUCGCGAUGAGCAAGAAACAGCUGGUGAGCAAGUUGACCCAGAUCCUUUCGCUCAGCAAGGAGGAGAAUUCGAUUUGAGAAGAGUUGCGGCGCCAAUCGCUCAGCCAGUUCAAAGAGUGGAAAGAAGAGUCGAUGAGGAGACGAGCAAUGAUGAAGUCGAUGUGCCAGCUGUUAUCCAUGAGUUCGACCCACCUCCAGUGGACUCUUUACCGUCGGACAAUGAGGAUCGUGAGCCUGAAAACUUUGAAAAAUCGCCAUCUCCAAUACAUUGGGAACGACUUCUGGAUAAAACCGAUGAGAUAGAUGAAACGAUCAGAAAACAGUUUCCAAAUCGUCCUUCGUCUUCAGAAUCGGAGCAAGAAAAUGACGAAGCCGGACAAGCUAAUCGUUCUCGUCCAACAUCUGAUUCUUACCGGAAUUUUGAUGACAGAACUAGUCCCGAAAAGCUGGUUCUAUCUGAACCCAAGCAGCCACGGAAGUAUAUUCGCAGCGCAAAAUCCGCAAAACAGCGCAAAACGCGGGAUCUUUCAUUGUCAGAUUCUGAAUCGGAUCAUGAGCGCCCCGAAUCUUCGCAAAAUACGCGUAGUUUGUGCGCAAAAGUGAAGCGGAAUGCGAAAAAAUCAACCUAUUGCGAGCAUGAUUCCCCACCAAAAAAGAAAAAGAAGAAAACUGAAGCCGAAGUGCGUUUGGCAGCCCAAAUUGCGAAAGAAAAGAAAAUUCUUAAAGAAAGAAAUCGAAAAAAAAGAGAAAAUGAUCCUAAGGGCUACUAUGCUGAUAUAGCAAAUAAACGGCGUCAAACCAUUCAAAGAAAAAAAGAACAAAAUGAAGAGUUGAUCGCAGAGUUACGGGAAGAGCUGGAAAAAAUGAAGGCGGAAAAUGCGAAAUUGCGAAAACGCGAAGAAAUGAGAAAAGCAGAUAUCCCAGACGAUGACGAUUUGAUGCGCCAAUUAAAAGAAGUACUCGCCACUUCCGACGAAGAAGACUUCUGA